UUUGCGUCAUUAUUUUGUUGGCUUCGCGCUGUCGCCUCCUCCUCCUCCUCUUCCUCUCCUCUCCACCACCAUUACCACACCGGUUUGUCGCGUCAUUUGGACUAUAUAUUUUUUUUCUUCUUCUGGAGGAGAGGCAUUCACGGGAAGAAGGAAAAAGCGGGUGCGCCACCUCCUCCUCCACCUCCUUCUCCUCCACCACCUCCUCCCAUAGCGUCUUCUUCUCCUUCCCAGUUCCCGUUGCACGGUGGCGCCGCGGAGGUGAUCUGCUUCUUCCCCGGGGCCGCGGUGGUUGUUUUCCGGGGGUGCCUCUCCCAGAGUCUCCCGGAGUCUCCGAGACCCCCACCCCUCCCCCCCCGCCCCCCCCCCCCCACCCUCCGUGUGGAUGUGCUGAGGGAGCCGGGCGCGCGCGGCCGUUCGGUUUAUGGAAGUUGUGGGCUGCAAGAAAGAGGCAGGCAGUUGCGCGUUGCGUCCGGGACCGGGAGCCAUGCUGUUCCACGGGAUCUCCGGGGACCACAUCCAAGGGAUCAUGGAGGAGAUGGAGAGGAGGUCCAAGUCGGAGUCGCGCCUGUCGAAGGGCAUGCAGCUGAACGGGAGAGAGUCGACGCUGCCCUCCAUGAGCCCGGAGAAGCCCGCCCUGUGCGCCGGCUGCGGCGGGAAGAUCUCGGACCGGUACUACCUGCUGGCCGUGGACAAGCAGUGGCACCUGCGCUGCCUCAAGUGCUGCGAGUGUAAACUGGCGCUGGAGUCCGAGCUCACGUGCUUCGCCAAGGACGGAAGCAUCUACUGCAAGGAGGAUUAUUACAGAAGGUUCUCCGUGCAGAGGUGCGCGCGCUGCCACCUCGGCAUCUCGGCCUCGGAGAUGGUGAUGCGCGCGCGAGACUCCGUGUACCACCUGAGCUGCUUCACGUGCACGAGCUGCAACAAGACGCUGACCACGGGCGACCACUUCGGCAUGAAGGACAGCCUGGUGUACUGCCGCCUGCACUUCGAGGCGCUGGUCCCGGGCCCGGACUACCACCAGCAGCUCAACUUCGCCGAGUUGGCGGCGAAGGGAGGCGGCGGCGGGGGCGGCGGGGGCGGCGGAGGCGGCGGCGGGCUCGCGCUGCCGUUCUUCAACGGCAACGGGACCGCGCAGAAGGGAAGGCCGCGCAAGAGGAAGAGCCCGGCCAUGGGGAUCGAUAUACCGAGCUACAACUCCGGCUGCAACGAGAACGACACGGACCACAUGGACCGGGACCAGCAGGCCUACGCCCCCACGCAGAAGACCAAGCGCAUGCGGACGUCCUUCAAGCACCACCAGCUGAGGACCAUGAAGUCGUACUUCGCCAUCAACCACAACCCCGACGCCAAGGACCUGAAGCAGCUGGCCCAGAAGACGGGCCUCACCAAGAGGGUUCUGCAGGUUUGGUUCCAAAACGCGAGAGCCAAAUUCAGAAGGAACGUUUUGCGACAGGAGAACGGGGGGGUCGAUAAGGCCGACGGCACCUCCCUCCCCGCGCCCUCGUCCGACAGCGGCGCCCUGAGCCCCCCCUCCAGCACGGCCACGCUAACCGACCUGACUAACCCCUCGAUCACUGUAGUGACCUCCGUCACCUCGAGUCUGGACAGCCACGAUUCGGGGAGCCCGUCACAGACUACCCUGACAAACCUUUUCUGACACGGGACCUGAUCUAUCUUUUAUUUUCAUUUCAUUUUUAAAUCACAUGUUUUUUUUUUAUGUUCUUUUUAUUUAUUUAUUUUCUCCUUUUUUCUUCAAUUUUGUACAAAUUUUUUUUUUAAAGUGACACCUUUAAAAAAAUUUAAAAAACCACCACAGCUCCUUGGAACAGGAAGUGUUGUACCGUGUCUACAAACAACAACAACAACAACAACAAGAGCAGCGACCACAUUAAAACACAAGGAAAGCAUCUUUCAUGUGUAGCAUCUGAACCUCGCGGCCGACUCACAGUUUGCAGGAUCGAUUUUGGUUUUUUGGACGGGACUUUUUCUUAUUUUUAAAGAACAUUUUCAUGGAUCUCAAAAUUCAUCGGGAAAAAUAACUGGAAAAAUAGAUUUUUUUUAAACUUGAUUUUGACUUUAUUUGUAUAUUUGUAUUGCAUUAUGAUUAAAACUAACAAGCCCCUCGUUAAUUUAUAAUUAAUUGAUAAUUAAAAAAAAUAUAUAUGAAUAUUUUGUUUCAAGUUGGAUGGAAUCAGACAUUUUAAUAUCUCACACAGGCAUAACCUCCAUGAGCGCCGAGCCACGGCAACUUUAAGAGGCAAUAGAUCCAUAAAUCUACUGGAUAAGCCCCGCCCACAACCUGCACAGCGCUACCUGUUCAUCAUGCGAUGCAGCCACGCUGAUAGAAAUGGUUUCCAUCGUUACGAAUCUGGACUGGAGAGCAGUUUAUUGUUUUCAUCAUAUUCAGAUUAAUCCCCGUCCAGCACGUCCAGAGCCUCGGCUCAAACUCAGCCGCCCGGUGAAAAGUGCAUAACUGUUUGUUUUGAUCAUGUUGCUCAGGGUGUGAUUCUGAAGGGGGAAGAAGUUAGAUGUGCAGACACAAACAUUGAAAUGACCUCAGAGGGGGGCGGAGCCACGAGGGGCAGCCAGCGGGGAAUCACCGCCCGGGUGUUUUUUGGCCAUAUUUAUAUUUUCUUUCUUCUUUUUAACGCCACCGAACAACCAAAACACACGUUUCCUCUGGCUGAGAGAGAGCGAGAGAGAGAGAGAGCCGACGGGCUCCGUGGUCGGUUCUCCUGUGGUUCUCCUGUGGUUCUCCGGGUCGAUGCCUAACUCAGUUCUACGACGUGCCUUACGCUAUAACUUGGGAGAGAGCUUCAGGAUGUAUGUGUUCUUUGUGAUCGGACUCACAUCCUUUCUGACGCCUCGCUAGUUUUGUACUGUUUUUUGCAUCUUAAUUUCCCGAAGAUCUUUUUAUGGUGUAUCAUGUAAAAAAUAAAAAAUAAAGAGGGAGAAGGGGGAGGGGGGGGGGCAGCGAUGUCAUAGAAAGCGUGUGUGCUCUCUCCUUGAUGAGGGGGGUGAUCCGAGGAGCUCAUAUAUGGAUCUUGUGUGAAUAGACGAGUACAGUAAGUGUUCUAUCGAGAUGUCCAUGUUUCCUGUUUCUUGAUGAAGAUGGUGUAUAGAAACUAUUUCCCCUUAAAUAUUUAUGGACCAAAACGGUUGUUAUAUAUCUUAUUAAAUUUGUGUGAAUAAAAAAAUACUUUGCU